UCACCCCCUCGAGCCGGCUGCCGCCGGUCAACCACGACACUGCUGCCAUCAUUUUCUCUCACGCCCUAACUCCCCCGCCCCACCCCCCUCGAGCCGCUGUCGCUGGUUAACCUCGACGCUGACGCCGAUCGUUGCUAGAGUUCUCACAAAAAUGGCAUCCUAAACUAUCAAUGUAUGGCGAUAUCCAUCUCCAGUAUGUAUGCUCAAACGCUCCCUCCUCCACUUCCCAUCCACACUUCCCACAAUCCAACCUUCUUACCAAACUCAAGAUUUGGGCUCUGCAAUUCACCGAAAAGGGUGUCCGAAACGAAAACUAGUUCGAGAAAUAGUGCUCGUUUGGCUGUGAUCAGAUGCGGCGAAAUGCAAGCAGAUAAAUUUGACCACGUGCAUUAUAUGAGGCGCUGCAUUGAGCUCGCAAGGAAGGCGAUUGGCUGCACCAGUCCUAAUCCCAUGGUUGGUUGUGUGAUUGUCAAGGAUGGCAAGAUUGUUGGAGAAGGCUUCCACCCUAAAGCUGGCCAGCCUCAUGCUGAGGUUUUUGCAUUGAGAGACGCGGGUGAUUUGGCCGAGAAUGGAACAGCAUAUGUUAGUUUAGAACCGUGCAAUCAUUAUGGAAGAACUCCACCUUGCUCCGAAGCAUUGAUCAAAGCUCGAGUGAAAAAUGUGGUGGUCGGUAUGGUGGAUCCUAAUCCCAUUGUCGCUUCAACGGGGGUGAAAAAACUGCAAGACGCAGGUAUUGAAGUGACUGUUGGAGUCGAGGAAGAACUCUGCAAAAGGCUUAACGAGGCCUAUAUCCAUUAUAUGCUUACAAGAAAGCCAUAUGUUACUCUGAGGUAUUCCAUGUCGCUUGAUGGCCAUUUACUAGAUCAGGUUGGUGAAGAAGCUGUGGAGUGUGGCGGAUACUAUUCAAAACUGCUGCAAGAAUACGAUGCUAUCAUAGUUCCUUCUGCUGCAUUGGCUGAGAAGUCGUCUAUUCCCAUUUCUAAAGAACCCGGAGCCAAUCAGCCUCUCAAAAUCGUGCUGUCAAAAUGUUGGAAUCCCCUGACCAAGAUUCCUGCUCUCGAAGAUGAUGGAGCUUCCAAACUGUUGAUAGUCACUGAGAAAGACACGGGCGACAAGCAACAGACUCUGCAAGGAGUCCAUACACUGUCUCUGGAAAAGAUAAGUCUACUUGAAAUUCUUGAACACUGCAAGAAUCAAGGACUCUGCAGUGUCUUGCUGGAUCUGACGGGUAACGUUGUGGAUUUUGAGGAUAUAAUUAAAGAGGGCUUCGAACAAAACUUGUUCCAGAAAUUGGUGGUCGAGGUGCUGCCAUUUUUGGGAGGCGAUCACGAGAGAUAUCUGAGAAAUGUGGACCUAAAAGGAAAGGUGAAGAAAUUGACAUCAUCUGUCCAUGGCAAAAGUGUUCUACUUGAAGGAUAUUUCUGAUCCAAUUAUCUGCAUACACUGCUAAUUCUUCUCUAUGCCUUCAUGAUCUUGUUCAAGCGAUGUUUUGGUGGUGUGAUGAGGAUGUAAGAGGAGGAUGCUAUGAGUCUGAUUUCUCCACGCGUCUGCUGCAGCCAUGGGAGAUUUUGUUAUGGUGAAACUCGUAGCUCCGAGCUUGUCAUCUGAUCAUCAUCUUCUUAAUAGGUAACUGCAUCAUCUCAGAUCAUAGAAUAUGAUACAUUGUUGUAUAGCAGUUGUGGGAGCCUUGGCUCCCUGAAAUAAACUAUACUGAUCAAACCAUGUUUCUGCCUUAUGUUGUGUACCGUGACUUUUGUUUUAGGCCCUUCCUUUUAGUUACACUUAGAUUUCUUCUCUUAUAAAUUCUUACGUGUGUGUUUGAGGCUGGAUUUAGCGACGAGCUCCUGGAGGCGGCUGAGGGGGCGGGAGUUGGGGUCCGCAUCUGCCGUGACCAGGUCGUCAACGACGCAGAUUGUGCCGAAACCAGUCGGAUAGGUGGUACCGUGGUGGUGGGUGUUUCACUGUGAGAUCCUGGAUGAAGAAAUGGAGCUUCACGAAUUUUUCUUUUCCAAGGCAGGCAUGGCUUUGUUAGUUUGUUUCUUCCUUGACCAUGGGAUUUUGUCUCUUAUAGUGUGUUUUCUUUUGUUGUAAAUUUAUCACAAGAAAAUGAGGAAUAAAAAAAUCCUUACUCA